AUGACAGUGGUCUGUACCGUAUGCGCUGUUGCGUGUUAUAAACGAGCGAAGUACAGUGCUCAUCGAUGGAGGCGUUUCUGGCAAUCACAAUCUGAACAUACUCAUGGAACCAUUCGAAAUGACGGCAAGCGGUGGGACUAUCCAACCCCACCGACUGGUAUUGUGACCGUAAGAAAGACCAUUAAGAGCGCCAAAUUCAAUAAGAGAACGACACAUAGUUUAUCACAUCUACCACAUCCGAGCAGUCUAGUAAUGGCCAAUCACUACAUGGACAUUAAAACACUGGCUGAAGCUAGCAGGAAGGACGAGUGGGAGAUUUCACUGUCAAAUCUGAUCAUCCAUGAGUCUGAGCAUAAAGAAGACGAAUGUCCGAUAGACGCCGAUCUAUGUCUUCGGAUCAAGGAUCUGGUAUCUAUUGCAUGGCAAGUCAGCGAUGGCCUG